UAGAGACGAUCUUCGUAUACUUUUAAAAUCUAUCUGCUCAUUUCCUUAUAGGAUCAAAGAGAGAUAGAGACAGUUUAAACUUACCUUAUAAGCAUAGAUUACUCGGUGAAACAAAGACUGAUAGGAUAAUGGUUUCUCGACAAGAAGGAACCCUCUACACCAGAAAGAGGGAUUUCACAAUCUAUGGGGAAGAGUUUCAUAAUUCAUUCAAGAAGAGCAAACAAGAAGAUCCAUCACAGGGCAAACUUCAGAGGCAUAAUUCAUUCAAGAAGAGCAAACAAGAAGAUCCAUCACAGGGCAAACUUCAGAGGCAUAAUUCAUUCAAGAAGAGCAAACAAGAAGAUCCAUCACAGGGCAAACUUCAGAGGACUAUGAUCAAUGAACGACCAAAAUCAGAGAGUAUGAGAUCAAUUACCUUUGAUUUUGAACUUCAUCUCCACACUCAUCUACCUUCAAAUUGCCAAAAAUCUUUAGAGGCUAAGGGAUAUUCGAGAGCAUCUGAGGAUCAUAGUUCAUACCCCAAAGAUCCCGUGAUUGUUGGACGACCUAAGAUGAGCCUAGACCUAGAGCUGAACCUUUCACCUUCUUACUCACCUUCAACAACCACAACGAAGAUAGAUGAAUCCAGAAAUCACAACAAGACUGUGUCAUCAUCGAAGGAUAAAAACUUGACAAGUCAGAGUAAGAAGACAACAAUUGGGACAGGGUUAAACCGAUCACUGUCUUGGCUUGCUUUUGAAGGUGGUGAUGAUGAUCACAAGGAGCAAGAGAUGGUAACAAAAGUGUGCAUGAAAUGCCACAUGCUGGUUAUGCUGUGUACAUCAAGUCCUGUUUGUCCCAACUGCAAGUUCAUGCACCCGCAUGAUCACAGCUCUACAAAACUGUUUAAACCAUCAAAUUUGCUGAGGCUCAUGUGCUAGGCUCUACAGUGGUUACUGUCUUACUGGAUCUAUAAUAUUUGUACGGGAAUAAUAUGAGGCAGAGUCUAGACAAGGACAAAGUUAUGUAUAUACGCUACAAGUACCAAAAAACUUAAUUUUAUGAUUUCUAUGAAAGACA